AUGCCUGCUACGAAGGAAGGUCGCAUCAUGAAAGUCAAGGCCCGCCGGUCCGAAACAUCCAGCCGACGCGUCCAGUCCGGCAGAAAGAACCUACCACUCGUCGAGCGCACCAACGCGCUGCCGAUCGACCAGUUCAUCUCGCAAUAUGUAUCUCCACUGUCAGCAAAGAAACCCACAGAGACGCCCACAGAAAAAAAUGCAUCUACAUCACAAUCCGCCCAGGCCGAUGCGACUUCGCUGGCCAUUUACUCCGCCACAACCAUCCCGUCCGCAGACCUAGAAGCCUGUCUCAACCUCAUCGAAGAAACCUCCGGCGAUGCCUACGCCGCAUCUGGAGGAGGCUGGUCGCGUCCCAAGAAGCUCAGGGAGAUGAAAUUGCCCGAUAUGAAAUACCUGAUUGUGCGGGCCGCGGGGCAAUCCGACGCGCCGUCCGAAGCCGACGAGCCGGAGUCCGAGUCCAAGUCGGUGCUUGGGAAGGAAUCGGGGAAAGUACUCGGGUUCUUGUCGUUUAUGGUUACGUAUGAGGAUGGGAAAGAGGUGGUCUACUGCUACGAGAUUCAUUUGUCGGCGUUGGCGAGGGGGAAGGGCUUGGGGGCUUUGUUGAUGGGGAGGAUGGAGGAGAUUGGGCGGUCGGUUGGGUUGGAGAAGGCUAUGUUGACGGUUUUCAAGUCGAAUGCUGUUGCUCGGGAGUUUUAUAGGAAGGGUGGGUAUGACGUUGAUGAGUAUUCGCCGCGGCCGAGGAGGUUAAGGAAUGGGACGGUUAAGGAGUAUGAUUAUGAGAUUUUGUCGAAGCGGUUGAAGUGA